AAAGUUUACCUUGUCACUACCACCAUUGUUCUACGCAACCGACCUUAAAAUCACGCAAAAAUGACUGCCGCUGUAUUCUUCCUUGACCCCCUACUCGCUUUCUACCCAACUCGGUUUUAUCAUCGUGAUAUUAUGGCUUUGGGCGCGAAAAACGAUUCGAAUUCUUCGCCUCGGAAUGACGGCUCUGGUUUCCCCUCCACCCAAGAGAGGAAGACUCCGCCGCCAAAAGAGUCUGUAGCCGAACAGAUACGCUCCUCUGUGCAGAGCACUCCGCUCAGUAAUCACGCCCCAACUGUGAAUCCCACAGCGAAUCCGGAUUAUCUUGUGGCAGAUUUCGACCGGUACAUCCUAGAUGACCUCAGAGACCGCGUUUUCAUGUCCGCCGACCAUUAUUUCUCCAAUAUUCUACAUCUUCCUGCCGACUGGCGGGCGAAUGGCGAGAUAACAUCCAAAAUCGAGGCCGUCAAAAAUGAUGUUGUAUUCAAGAAUCAUGUAAAAGCCUACGUUGCAUUAUGCAAUCAGAGCAAUCCUGGGGAGAAGAACUUCUACCAUCCCCACAGCCUGAUGUGUAACAGUGCAUUCGACGUUCUCGGUGCCACUGAAGAUUCUGGACUCGGCAUCUAUCGACAAGACGCGAAGCCGGUUGACGGCGGUUUAGAAAAGAACAUUCCCGAUACGUUGGGUGUUCUUCGCGCGAUGUUCAACAGUUCCGGAAACGUCGUUGACAACAUGAAGGACAAAGGCCCAGAGUAUAACUUUUCGUGGGCACAAACAAUGCAUUGGCAGGAAUUCAAGCCUAAUGAGUACUACCUCGACGAGGGGACGGAAGCUACUUAUAGAGCUAUGACACCUGAGGGCGAGGAUCCUAAGGGAGAGGUGAGAGGCAAAACCACCGUGCGCCGAGACCCUGGCGGCGUCCUCCCUCCCGUCAAGUCCCGCACUGGCUCUACCACGAAGAAGCGUCGUUCGGAAGAUGAGACUCCUCAUGUCCACUCCAAGUAUCGACGCUCUGGGACGACGCCUGAAGUUUCGAAGGCCAGGAGAGGAACAGACGAGUCGGUGGCACUUAGUUCUGCGAAAGAGGGAAUCGCGGUCGAAGAUGUUGCACGACGGAAGGAGGAAGAAACGCAGGCGCGCCGAGCCGCUCGCCUCCAGUGUGGUCAUUACGCCCACGAGAUGCUGUCUAGCGCCGGCUUUCGGACGCACUGUAUUGGCGCUCUCGUUACGGUAGGACGGAUACAACCCCUCUACUACGAUCACUCGGUCAUCAUCGUGUGCAAACCGAUUGACAUGUUUAUAUGGCACGGCAAGCGGCCGAAGAUUACGGAAGAGGUCGUGACGAACGAGUUCGCGGCAAUGCUUGUGGGAUUGGGUGGACUCACUCUGAAGCAGCGGGGCAUCCAAGAGGAACUCUGCGAUGACAGGGCGCUCAUCGAGAAUUACAAGGCGUACAUGGACAGGUGUGGCGACCCCAAGGACAAGGAGAAUUUUGACAAGACGGCGAUGUUUGUUGGGGUGAAGCUCAAGCUGAAGUUGGGUGAAGAUGAUAAGAAGGUUGAGGUCACCCUUGGCCGAGUUCUUUCACGCCAGCCUGGGAUCGUCGGUCGGAGUACUUGCGUUGUCGAGGCGACAUCGGAGCACGAUGAGUGGAAGGGUAAAGAACUGGUCGUCAAGGUCAGUUGGCCUGCUACCAGUCGAAAAUCGGAGACAGAGUUUGUCAUUACAGCCAGAGAGAAGGCGCGAUCCAUGCCGGAAGGGAAAAGGCCAGACUGGGCCUUAGACCAUUUGCCCGACAUUCUCCUUUCUCAAGACUUUGAUCAUGGCGCGGAUUCUACUCAGGCGAAUCUCGUGGCCUUCUUUGCAAAAGCUAUGUUCGCAGAGGCGGAAAAGUUCGAGUAUGAAAAACGCGUCUGUCGAAUUACAGUCCAGGAGAGGCUGUAUCCUCUUGAAGAACUGCGGACGGUUCAAGAAUAUGCUCAGGUCUUUUUUGAUAUUCUGCAGAUUCACAAAUGGCUGUAUGAUCACCCAGGAAUCCUCCACCGUGAUAUCAGUCCCGGGAAUAUCAUGUGGCGCCGCACUGUCGACGGUCAUUUACGUGGGGUCCUCAAUGACUUUGACUUGUCCGCCUACCGACAUGAGACUGGCCCUUCAUCGCGUCAGCGCACCGGUACUCUACCCUACAUGGCGUUCGAACUCCUCAACAAUGACAACAAUGGUCAUCCACCGAAGCACCUCUAUCGACACGAUGUAGAGUCCAUCUUCUACGUCAUUCUCCUCCUCUGUUGUCGUUACGAGGUUGUGGCUACACAAGACCUUGAUGGACGCCCGAUCCUGGAACGCACGCAUGUCCCUUCCCCAUUCGACAGCUGGUAUAAACUUGAUCGUGAUGGUUUGAAGAACGCAAAAAUUGCUUUCUCCACGAGACAUGACUCAUUCUCUCCUGUGGUAAACAGUGGCUUCACGGACUUUCAGCCCUGGAUAAAUCGCAUUCGCCUGCAAUUCGGGGGGGGGUUCAAUGCUCAGGACCAAAAUAAGCGGUACAAGGAUCUUGGAGUCUCGGAGUCCUUCGACGACGAAACUCUGCAGGCUUGGGUUUCUUACUCACUCAUCGUCAAGAUCUGUAGCGAAUUUGCUGGUUCGGCUCUCAUAGUACACAAUGACCAGCUCAAAGAGGGUGCCUAGUCCUAGAUCAUAGAUCAUAGUCCUCACACUUUCUUGUAGCCUUUUUUUUGCAG